AUGCCAACACUGUCUGAACAGCUCCAUAAACUCUGCCAUGCCAAAUGUUUCUCACUUGUUGAUGUCAGAGAAGGCUUUCUACACGUACCACUUGAUGAAGAAUCGUCACUGAUGACGACAAUGCACACGUCUUAUGGGAGAUACCGAUGGCUCCGCCUCCCAUUUGGCAUAUCAAGCGCUCCUGAGGAAUUUCAAAAGCGCCUCAUGUCAGCUCUAGAGGGUCUUGAUGGAGUAUUAUGCAUCGCCGAUGAUAUACUUGUGUUCGGAGAAGGAACAACCUACCAAGAAGCUGAGAAAGACCACGACCGCCGUCUUGUCGCACUUAUGGAGCGCUGCUCCAAAAAGAACAUAAAAUUAAACCAGAGCAAACUGCAGUUCAAGCUACAACAAGUCAAAUUCAUGGGCAACGUCAUAACUGAUCGAGGAAUGCAAGCAGACCCAGACAAGAUAGCAGCAAUCUCAGCAAUGGCCCCACCCCGAAACAAAGCAGGUGUUCAGCGAUUCGUGGGAAUGGCCAACUAUCUCUCACCCUAUUGUCCAAACCUCAGCACCAUCAUCCGGCCUCUCACCCAACUCACCAAGUCAGAUAUCCUCUUUAUGUGGGCACAAGCACAAGAUGACGCAUUUAACAAAGCCAAACACCUCAUCUCCACUGCACCAGUGCUCCAAUACUAUGACCUCAGUAAACCGGUCACACUUCAAGUCGACGCUAGUGAAGAAGGCGUGGGCGGUGCCCUCCUUCAGCCCAAUAGUGAAGGACGCCUCCAACCCGUAGCAUACACAUCAAACAGCCUCAACGCAACAGAACAACGAUACUCCCAAAUCGAAAAAGAGUGCUUGGCCAUUUGUAACGCAUUUGGAAAAUUUGACCACUGGCUCUAUGGCAAAUCAGAUAUCGAAGUUCACACCGACCACCAGCCACUUGAGACCAUCUGCAAAAAACCUCUGCACAAAGCCCCAGCACGGCUACAGAAAAUGCUAAUGAGACUGCAGAGAUACCGCUUCACCAUCCAAUACAAGAAAGGAACCUCACUCUACCUGGCAGACACUCUCUCAAGAGCAGCACUACCUACCCCAGUACAUGCCAGGGUCACAGGCUUUGAAGUAUUCAGGACUGAACUCACAGAGGAAUCCGAUACCCACAACCCCCGCCUCACAGAAACCACCGAAUCUCGCCUACGCGACGAGACCAAAAAGGAUGAACACCUCUCCAAGUUAAUGGCCACAAUCGCCCAAGGCUGGCCGGAUGACAGAAAGCAGCUACCACAACCACUACGAGCAUACUGGACCUACAGAGACGAGCUAACCACUGACAAUGGCCUCAUCUACAAAGGCGCCCAAGUUAUGAUACCGCAGUCCAUGCAAGCUGAGAUGCUGCUGAAAAUCCAUGCAAACCACUUUGGUCCUGACUCAAAUGUACGCAUGGCACGAGACGUACUAUUCUGGCCCGGGAUGAGACAAGCAGUGUUUGAUAUGUGCAACAACUGCAGUACCUGCGCACAGUAUGGAUCAAAGUCAACAAAGGAACCUAUGCGAUCACUUCCGAUUCCAACACUACCAUGGCAGAUCAUCAGCCAAGACAUCUUCCAGUACAGACAGAAAGCCUACCUUGUAACAGUGUGCCAUUUUUCUGACUGGAUCGAAGUGGAUGAACUUGACGACACUUUGGCAACAUCAGUCAUUAACAAAACCAAAGCUCAUUUCGCCAGGUUUGGCGUUCCACGUAUCUGCCACACAGACAACGGACCACAAUUCACCAGUAAGGAUUACAUGGACUUUGCCUCUCAGUACGGGUUCAAACAUACCACCUCAAGUCCCUAUCACUCCCAGGGCAACGGCCGAGCCGAGGCAGCAGUGAAAGUAUCGAAGUCUAUGCUAAAGAAAUCAGAUGACUUCCAAAUCGCCUUGCUCAAUUACAGAAACACACCACCAAAAGACCACACCUACUCUCCUGCCCAACGCAUGGUGAGCCGCCGGACACGAACGACGCUCCCAACAGCUGACCACCUUCUCGAGCCCAUGUCAAUCAACCGUGACACUGUAUCAGCAGAACUCAAGGCCAAACGCAACACCAGUAAAGCUCACUAUGACAAGACUGCGGGCCCAGAGCAGAAUAGCAUCAACAUUGGUGAAUUUGUGUAUGCACGACCACCGACAAGCAAACCAGGCAACCCUUGGGCAUAUGGCCGUGUCACCGGACAACGCCACUCAAGAUCUUACACCAUACAAACGCCCCACAGUACCAUUCGACGAAAUCGGAUACACAUCAGGCAUGCAGUACCUCCUCCUCCCCAAACACCACCGUGCACCCCACCCACGCUCACGCCUAGACCAGGCCACAGCCUUGCAAAUCACUACAAUCGUCUAGGAUCAGAGCUGAAUAUGCCCACUAAUCAGCCUACACAGCAACCACCUCCCUCAUUGGACAAAAGUAACAGCGGCCCAGUUCUCGACACCCCUUCCCCUCCACAACCACAAGAACCAAGCACACCAGCCACGGGCCCAAGUGAGCUGCCUAUCGACACACCCCUUGCUACAAUUCAAGAACAGCCAAGGGAUCACCAACCCGAAAUGAGAACACGCACAAGACUCAUCAAACCACCAACUCGGUUCAAAGACUUUGAACUCAAGUAA